AUGGUCUUGAAACCGGCCGGGGGUUUCUCGCAACGAAAAAUGAAGCACGUGACGUUUGGAUCUGUGAAAAUCAUGCAAGUCCCACGUCGUCAAGAGUUUACUCUGCCCACCCCGGUGGAGAGUCAGGCCUCAAGGGAGUUGCCCCUAUUGGCUUCUCCAACACUGGAGGAGGUGAAAGAAUCCCAAGGAAUUGGAAUAAUGACACAGGAUUCUGAAUCUUCUUUGCUUCUUACUCAAGCUGCCUCAAUUUACUCUUUGGAUAGUCAGAAUGAUCUGUCCCCCGUUCCUUUUGAGAGGAGAGAUGAGGAAGACGAUGAUCAAUAUUUGACUCCUGCCGCAUGUACGCAUGCCGUUAUCUCUCCGACGCAGGCGAUGUUAUCCUUGGGUAGUGGCCCUCAAUGUGCGUGCGACACUUUACCGGAUCCUAGUUUAAACUGCACUGCUCCUAUUGACAAGGCAUCGGAAAUUCUUGGGGGUUCCCCAUUCUCUUUGAGUCCAGAUUUUUCCCUCAUUUCACUCAAAAGAAAUAAAAGAAAUGAAGAUGAUGCGAUGGCGGCUGCAGGCUUCACUCGAUGCCGCUCAGAGAAGGAUGCAGCACCUCCUGCCACCUGUGUAUUUUGCCACGGCGCCACUGGUGUCCUUAAUCACUAUGAGGACCAUUACGUCCACUUGGGAUGUGCCCUGUGGUGUCCAGAAGUGUACUAUGAUACGCAGGAGGCAACAUUAAAAAACAUAGAUGCCGUAUUGAAGAGGUGUCGAGACAUUAAAUGUGCUUAUUGUAGACAACUCGGUGCACCCAUUGGUUGUGUAAAUAGUCGAUGCCAAAGGAGCUAUCAUCUACGGUGUGCAGUGGACGCUGGGGCUUUCCUGGACGAGAAAAAAUUUGAGCUUUUCUGCCCAAAACAUAGAAACAGGCGCGAUCAAACGUAG